CGGGCCGGAGCUUCAAGUCGGAGCCACCUGUGGCAGCCAGCGAGUUCACCCCGGAGGAAAAGAGCGCCUGUUCACCUCCGUUAUUUCCCCCGUUAUACCGGCUAAACGCGGGACUCCGCCACCGUCCGUUCGGCUCGAACUCGGACCGCUUUAAGGCGGAAAACUUGGAAGAUGUUUCCCGGCAGUUUUCUACCUGUCGUGUUUCUCCUGUGCGCUGCUGUUAACGGAGUGGCAACUGCAAAUCUUACUACGCAGGAUUACACGAGCGAUGGAGGAACGACUAAUGAGACAUCCACCACUCCUGCAACAUCACACAUAUCUGUGACUGCGAGCUCGCCUACAAGCAGCAACCGCUCAACCAGCAGUUUUCCAACUUUACCACCAUCUUCCACAUUAGCUACAACAACUAUAAACACCACCACAGGAGGAUCUACAACUAUAAAACCAUCCACCACCCACGCAGACCAGUUCAGGACCACCACAGCGUCGGUCACUGAGAGCAGCGACGUUACCACUAGCAUCCCGGACGUCUCUCCAUCCGCUCCGACCAGUGGGAAGACAACGUCCACUACGAUCCGAGAGACGAGCCAAACCACCGACACCAUGACCGGCAACACAACUUUGACUCAUUCAACGGAACCAUCUAGUGGCAAUACAACAGCCUCAUCUACCACCACUCCAGCCACCUCCACCACCCAUAGUACUGGCUCCACCAUCAGUGGCACCACCAACAACUCCACCAUCGGUAGUGCUACCACCAUGACUAGCACCACCCAGAGACCAACAGAUGUCACCACCAACAACGCCACCAUCGGUACUGGUACUACCAUGACUAGCACCACCCAGAGACCAACAGAUGUCACCACCAACAACGCCACCAUCGGUAGUGGUACCACCAUGACUAGCACCACCCAGAGGCCAACAGACAUUGUCACCACCAACAACUCCACCACCACUCCAACCUCCACUAUCAGUACUGGUACAACCACCAAUAGCACCACCUCCUCCACUGCUCCAAUGACCACGAUCAUCCCUAGCACAACCCAGCAACCAAUAGACACCACCACCAAUAAACCAACCACAGCAGCUCCACCCAUCCCUCCAGUCUUAGUGUGUCCUGCCAUCCCGUGCCCACCUGAAAGUGUCUGUCUUAAUGGCACCUGCCAGUGUCUCUCAGGUAGCUUCUUCGUGAAUGGCCGUUGUGCACCGGCCCAAGUGUUCCCAGGCCGGCUUCAUCUCACCUCCUUGAUAUUUAAUAAUAACAUGACUGACAGGUCCUCAGCAAUAUUCCGUAACACGUCAGCUCAGAUCUCAAAAUCGCUCAGAGCUGUCCUGAAAGACCAGCCGGGGUAUAAACAAUCUGAUGUUGUGCGACUUGAACCAGGAAGUGUACAAGCAACUGUAAAUAACAUAUUUGAAGACACCACCAUCACUCAAGAGUCCAUCACUCAGGCCAUAAAGGAUGCUAUUGCCAACCCGUCGAAUGAAUUGUUAAGCAAUGCUGAAUAUACAAACACCAACCUUUGUGAGCAGGAGCCAUUACCCUGUGAUGUCUCGUCUACAAUGUGCACAAAUUCAAAUGGCAAUGCUGUUUGUUCCUGUAAACAGGGCUACAUCUCCAUCCUGUACUCCAACACCAGCUGCAGAGCAUGUCCAAGUGGGGAGGGGGCAGUGGGAAACAUUUGCCAACCAUGUGCAUUUGGAUAUUCAGGCUUCAACUGCAACGACUCGGCGCUGUUGGCAGUGGUGGUCGUCUCCUGUGUGCUGGGAGGAGUUCUCCUCAUAGUCCUGGCUUUGCUGAUAUACGGCUCCUGCAAUGCGGGAUGCAACAAGCCAGACUAUAGCAGCAGUCCGUACUCAUCAGGUGACUUAAACCAGGCCUGGCCCACCGGCAUCACCCGCAUCCCCCGGGCCUCCGCUAACUUGGAUGCAGCUCCUCACAUUGAGAUGACAGAAGGGGGCACCGCUCGAGUACUAGUGGACAAAGAUCAAAGCAAUGGAAUGGGGUUUCAGCUGAAAAUGAAAGGAUGGAAAAAGACGGGAUCGUAUGAUCUCAACCCAGAGGGAAUGAAGACCUUCAAAGGUAAAACUCCAUCCCGUUACUCCUAUCUGGUUGAAGGCCACGAGAACCCCUACUUCUUAGCCGGAGACCAAAAGAAAAACUGAUGAAUUCCAUGUUGAAAAGAGGAAAAUGGGAUGAAAAAGAACCUACUGAUUAAAAAAGAAACUUUGUCUUCAGGCACACUUGCUAAGCAUUCAUGAACUAAUGAAAAAUCACAAUGGACACGUCUGAACUGGGAAACAGCCACCAAAGAGAUUUGUUCCUACGAGCAGGAACAUGUGACGUCUGGUACAUCAUGUGAAUUCUUUGGAAAGAACUAAAUUAUAAUGAUCAUAACCAGUAGAUGUCACUGUUGCUCGGUAUAAUUAUCACACUGUUUAGCACACACUAAAGUACACGCUACAUUUUCCGUUUUUAGUAAAUCAUUCUGUUGUGUUUUAAAUGAAGCUUCUCAUAUUGCAAUUUGCACUUAAUCGUAUGUCAAGUUCACCACCACUUUUACUCUUGAACCAAAGGUAAAUUGAAUGACGGCUUCCAGAAGUAAUGGAUAUUUUUCUUAAGGUUACGAUUAUUUUUGGGAGGAAUAAAUCUUGUACGACUAAAGGGGCUGGAUCCCUGGUAUGGAAUAUUUUUAAAGGGAUUCAUAUUGUAGCCAUCUAAAGCUGAGUGUUUUGUAUUUGUUAAAGCUCCUCUUGUAAAAUGUGCCUGUUUUAAUCGUCCGACAAACAGGAAAUGUGCACAGCUCGUGAUUGUCUCCUGGAUGUGCCAAUUAACACUACUUAAUACAUUCUCUUACAAAACAAUACACUACAUAUAUAUCCUUGUGUGUCUGAGAAAGUACACUUUUUCAUAAGUGGUUAAAAGUUUUAUGAAGAACAGAAGGUGUGUGUGUGUGUGUGUGUGCAUGUGUGUGCGCGUGUGUGUGCUUGUGUUUGCAAUGAAAAUAAAUUAAUUUAAAUCAAA